AAUAAAAGAAGGCGUAUUUUGCGUUCGGUGCCCCUUCGCCCUCUCGACCCACAGAUGUCUGGCCAAAAGCGUUCGCUUCCUCGUCCUCAACGACCCUCCGUCGCCCAGUCCGUCGCCGCUGGCGACCCGCCUUCGCCCGCCGCGCAGCCUCAAGAGCAGCAUGACGAGGAUGAGGAGGGUUUGGAGGAGAUGGCUGAAGGAGAGGAGAAGACGCCAACCAAUCCGCCGCAACAACAGGACGGUGCGGGUGGCGAUGGCGCCUCUCUUUCUCCUUCCUUCCUUCCGUUGUUCCCUUUCGACCUCAUGCCGUGGCGGCGGCGUUUGUUUCAUUGCACAGGUUGCGAUGGAGAAGGUGACGGCAGCCAAUCGGAGGACGACUUGACCGACGAGGAGCAAUUUGUCCCAGUGAGAUUACCAGACAUACGCAAAGAGGUGCAAUGCGCUAUCUGCUUAGGUAUAAUCAGAAAGACAAGAACAGUUAUGGAAUGCCUUCAUCGGUUUUGUAGGGCAUGCAUCGACAAAUCAAUGAGACUUGGUAAUAAUGAAUGUCCUGCAUGCCGCACUCAUUGUGCAAGUCGACGUUCUUUAAGAGAUGAUUCCAAUUAUGAUACCAUCAUUGCAACUCUAUAUCCAGAUAUCGAUAAGUAUGAAGAAGAGGAACUUGCUUUCCAUGAAGAAGAGAUGUCUUGCAACAAGAAGUUACAAGCAUCCAUGGCUGAGAUAUUCCAACGACAAACAGAAUCUCUAGGCAGGAGAAGAUCAACAGCAAAAGCCACAGCUGCAGCUUUUGUGAGAAGAUCGCAGGGAAAUUAUCGGAACCAUGUUAGUGGGAGGGGUGGGAAUGGUGGUCGUGAUACUAUGGCAGUCUUUGAUGAUGACGAUGAAGAGGAAGCAAAUGUUAAUGAUGUGGGCAAAAGUUACUCAUCUGCCGAUGAGCCCUCUCCUGAUAGAAGGCAGAAAAGGCGUAAGAGGUGGGGUGCACUGCAGUUUUCACCAGCUCGAACAGCUGUCAAUGUUGAUGCUGGUGUUGGGGACAAUGAUGAUUUUGAAUUUCACAGAGAAAACAAUGGAGCAUUACCAUUGCGAGUGGGUAACAGAGAGGCAUUUGCAUGGGGCAAGAAUGGUGCACGCAGUCAAACUAGACAUGGUAAUACGAGUGGUACAAAUGGUCGGAAGGUUAAGUGUCGCAUGACCAAAUUGGUGGACUACCUCCGUAAUUUAGAUCACACUGUUGAUGAGUUUGAUGUACAUCUGACCCUGGUUCCAUUGGACAAAGAGAGGGUACCAAGUUUGCAACAACCAUACCUUUGUUGCCAACCAUCCUUGUCAAUUAGACACCUAUGUGAAUAUAUUGCUCUUCAGACAUCUGUACCAGCAGAAGAAGUUCAGAUAUAUGCAAAGAUGCUUCAAGGUGGAGCCUCAGCAAUCAAAUCCUUGAGCUCAACGGACAUGGCUAAUGAAGAUCCUCUGGUAGGGCUACAGGAAUUGGAAGGACAAGAAUCUGUCACAACACUGAACUCUUCUUUCACCGGCAAUCAAGGGGAGCUGGUUUUGGUCUACCAUCUGAGAAAGCAAGCCUAGAUAAGCAUUCGGCAAUGCUUGGUUUCCUUUCUCUCCUUAAAUUCAACUGCUGCACAUAACACUGAUAUAGAAUUAGAAGAUUUCAGAAGGAUGCUGCUUCAAUCUUGGCAUGGCUAUCCAGAUAAAUUGUGAAGAACCGUGUCUCAACAGAAAGGUCGCUUUAGGAAUCCAUCAAAGAUGGGUGGAACUGUGCAUAUUCAGGCCUUGUUUAUUGAUAAAAAAUUUGCCCUUCAUACUGACUAUCCAUGAAGGAUAUCAAAAUUGGCACAACAAAGAAUGUUCGACUUGUUCAACUUGAAAUUCUUACCUUACUAGCAGAUUGUUAUCACUGGCAUUACAGCAAUCUGGCUCUCAAUAGAGGUAACCUUGUUCUUCCCAACAAUGAUCCUAGGAUGGUUUAUUUGUUGAA